AUGUCGGCAAACGCAGUAGCCGUCACACAAGACGACACAUUUUCAACCACAGAGGAGGCUCCACCUAGAAGGUCAUCGUCUAGACACUCCAGUAGCUCAAGUCAGAAUCCCAACAGUCAGGUUCCCAGAAUUAUACCAGAGCUACCGGUAGGCGCGGCAACGACCAACUCAUAUUCUAAUCAAGCACAGACUAUACCUACAUCUGCUUCAAGUUCAACUAUAUCCUCACAAAUGCACUCUGGAAUGCAGAAAAGAGUGCAGAGAGAAGUCAGGUUUGGCGCAUAUAUCCUAGGCUCAACCCUCGGAGAAGGAGAGUUUGGUAAAGUCAAAUUAGGAUGGAGAAAAGAUGGUAAGUACCCCAGUCAAGUAGCCAUCAAGCUCGUUAAACGAUCAACUAUUGUCAAAGAUUCCGACUCAGAGGUGAAAAUACAUCGCGAGAUUAAUUCAUUAAAGUUGUUGAAUCACCCCAACAUUGUUAACUUAGUCGAGGUGAUGAAAAGUGGGAAAUAUGUCGGUAUAGUGUUAGAAUAUGCCUCUGGCGGUGAGCUAUUUGAUUACAUUCUACAACACAAGUACUUGAAGGAGCCAGUGGCGAAAAAGAUUUUUGCUCAAUUGGUCAGUGGUGUCGACUACAUGCAUUCCAAAGGAUUAAUUCAUCGUGAUUUGAAAUUAGAGAAUUUGUUACUAGACAAACACAAAAAUGUUAUUAUUAGUGAUUUUGGAUUUGUCAAUUCCUGUGGCGACAGGGGUAAUGAUCUCAUGAAGACAAGUUGCGGGUCUCCUUGUUAUGCUGCCCCGGAAUUGGUCUUGACGCAAAAUCCAUACGAAGGAAGGAAAGCAGACAUUUGGUCUUUGGGGGUGAUAUUGUAUGCUAUGUUAUCCGGUUAUUUGCCGUUUGAUGACGAUCCAGAAAAUGAGGAUGGGUCUGAUAUUAUUAAAUUGUACCAUUACAUUUGUAAAACCCCAUUAACGUUUCCUGAGUAUGUUAGUCCAUUGGCUCGUGAUUUGCUCAGAAAAAUCAUUGUUUCUGAUCCAAGGAAAAGAAUUGCAAUUGACUCAAUUAGAAACCAUCCAUUCUUAAGCUCCUUCACAACAUUGUUAUCCAUUAGACAACCAGAAUGGGAUAGAAUUUACCGAGAAAAACAUGCUGCUACUACAGCAAGUGUGGCUGCGGCUGCCUUGGCCGAGCAACAAACACCGGUAUACAACAAGAGGUUCUCGAUGAUAAACACUCCAACAAGCUCCUCAUCAUUGAUGGGACCUUCGAUGUAUCAUCACCAGCAGGUGUCACAUUUACAACCACAAAGUGGAAGACCACAACCGACUGCAUCAGAUCAUGCAAGGUCGUACUCAUCAACGAGUAUCAGUCUUUUGUAUGCUUCGCCUUCUAUGUCUACUGCAAAUACCCCCAGACCCGUUGAUUCCUCGGAUAGUGUUAACGUAUCAAAAACUCCUUCACCAAAAAAGCCCUCUUCAGUAUCACCGACAAGGGGCCAUCAAAAGUCUGCCUCAAUUUCAAAUUCUGCUUCUUCAGCUAGCUUUGCCUUGAAGUCAAUGGUAAACGAUGAAAGCGUUUCCAGAGCAACAAAUAAUUCAGCCAAUUAUGCAAACUCGUCAACAAUUUCAACUAUUGUCGAGAGCCCCACAAAGCCAACAGGUACAUUAUCUGGUAGCAAUGCUGUUCCUGCUCCAACUUUGCCACCUAUUACGAAAUUGUUGCCACCUAAGGAAUUUGCCAAAUUACCUCCUGCUGCAAAGAAACCAAGACCUACAUCUUACCAUCCAUCUUCGAUGACCUCAUCCUUGAUAUCGCCCUCGCCAGUUACUAUUUCUUACAAGGACAUAAUCAAAUUCCCCGCCACGACUUCCAACAUUUCAUAUUCAAAUUCAAUGACUCAGUACAUUUCAACUUCGCCCCCGAAGGAGGCAGUGAUGACGGAUUCGAGACCAGCGUCUAGCAGAAGAAACUCAGUGGUUACCCAUGUGCACGUUAAUGGCGUGUUGAGUAAAGAUAACUUACCUGGACAUAACGGUCAUAGUGGUUAUAAUUUAUCACCCGAGAACAAGAGAAAUUCUGUUUUAAGCUAUUUGGAAGAUAAGAUUGAAGCGUUGGACUUGUCAGAAAGUAUUCACCAUUCACCAACAAAGUCGAAUAAAAGUGUGGAGAAAGUUGAGGUUGGAGAGCCAAUAGAUAAGGUGAUGCCGACGGAAUUGGCAAGCAAUGAAGAGGAAGAUAAAGAGACACCAUCUGAGGUAGCAAAGAGCCAAGAUGAGUCAACGGUCACGGCUAGUUCACCAGAGGAGAAUCAAGCUACAUCAGUUGAACAAGAAGGCAAGAUGGUGGAGAAUAGCAAUGACGAUGAAUUAAAACCAGAAGUUGUUGAAGAAAAGUUGCCUGAGCCAAUGGAGGAAUAUAUCGAGAAACCAGCUCAGACAACCCAAGACUAUUUGCCACGCACACGUGAGGUUCCAUCAAGAGCCCCUGAGACAAAACACCCCAAACCUGAUGAUGUUAACAGAAGGUCAAGCACAACGAGAAGAACUGUUUCUGACGAAAACAAGGAAAACCGCGAACAUAAGGAAACAAAGAAGAGAAACAGGUUUAGUUUGUUAUCCUUUUAUAGUUCAUAUCAUUCAUCAAGUUCGAAUGUUUCGUUGCCAACAGCAAAAGAUGGAUCCAAUGUUCCAAGUACCAACGCAACCAACUCCCUCGCACCAACUCCAUUGUCAAGAGAAACCAACAGGAGUGAUACGCCAGCUACUACUGUAUCUUCAUCAUCGGCAUCAGCAUCAGUCCCAAAACCAAAAACCAAGACCAGAAAAGUGUUGGAGCCUACUAAUGAGGCCAACAUAAAUAAAAAGGACUCAAAGCGAGUCCAUUCUAACGCAUCCAAUGGUACUGGCCACAACAGCUCGAAACAUCACUCGAUUGCUGCUCCAGGCAGCAGUGGUAGUGGUACUAAUAGUGCACCAAAGGAAUCAAGUGCAGCUAGGAAAGUUAUGGAUUUCUUCAAGAGAAGGAAUAAACCCGAAGCUUCAGAACAUCUACCUAGUGGGUCGCUGCAAACUUUUAUUCGUGAUGGAAUAGAAGUUGAAAUACAACCGUACCAAGAGGAUAGUCAACCAACACAGCGUGAUCAAAAGGCCGACACUCCCCUAGAUGAAUCCUUGGAGUCUACAAUUUUGUCGGAAAUUCAACAAGGUCAGUAUAUCUGUCUUGUUUGUACCGGCGAGAUUGACCAAGAUUCAACUGUGUGGGCUUGCCAAGAAUGUUUUCGGGUCUAUGACCUCGAUUGCAUUCUUGACUGGGCUGUAAGAGGAUCAUCCACAAACAAGACGAACAGAACCUGGAGAUGCCCUGCAUGUAAUCAUGAGACUAAAGUGCUACCCAAGAAAUUCACUUGUUGGUGCGGUAAAGUUAAGAAUCCCGCGAAGAACCCCCUUAUGCCAUUCAGUUGUGGAAGUUUAUGUAACUACAAGUACCCUGAUUGUAUCCAUCGAUGCUUGAAUACCUGUCACCCCGGAAAGCAUCCAGUUUGUGGAGCUUCUGGCCCGGUAAUGAAGUGCCAUUGUGGAAAGGAAAAGAAGCAAUUGCCGUGUAUUAUAACACCAUACAAAAAAGGUUGGAAAUGUGAUAGUCCGUGUGGCAAAAAAGUUUGCGACCUUAAUCACAAGUGUGCUAAAGGAUGUCAUGGUGGAUCGUGCGGCAAAUGCCAAAAGAAAGUUGAGUACAAGUGUUAUUGUGGCGAUACCAAAUUGAAGACAAAGUGUCAUAAACGUAAACCUGUGCAAUGUUCAGAUCACAACGGCAAGAAAUGGAUAGGUGGCGGUUCCUGUGGUAAGGUUAAGAAAUAUUAUUACGACUGUGGAGAACAUUACGAAACCUUUGCCUGUCAGCCACCGCCCAAAAUGGACCAUUCAAAGUGUAAAUAUUCACCUGAUGUCAUUUCGACCUGCUAUUGUGGAAGCACCAAAGUUGACUCUUCCAAUAGGACUAAAUGUACUGACCUGGUGGCGGAAUGCGCGAAUCAAGUUGCAUUGGAAAGAGAACGGGCCAAGAAAAAGGCAGUGAGAAACAAUUUGCGUCGUACAUUGCGUGACGAUAUCAUGUUAAUCGAAGCAGUGCACAUUUGCACUCAAACAUGCAACCGUUUGAAAGCUUGUGGGCAACAUCAAUGCCAAGCAAUGUGUCACAGUGGUCCUUGCGAAGUAUGCCUAGAAUCAACAAGUGAAGAUUUGGUUUGUAAUUGUGGCAAGACUGUGAUUCCUGCUCCAGUCAGAUGUGGUACCGAAUUGGUAUGUCAUGAGCAAUGUACUCGGCCAACUGCAUGUGGACAUCGACCUGAACCCCAUGAAUGUCACAAUGAUGACGUACCAUGUCCGAAGUGUACCGUAUUGGUCAAAAAGACAUGUGAAUGUGGUGCAAGACUGGAUCUACCCGGAAUAAUGUGUUCGCAAGAACGUGUUAGUUGUGGAAAGAUGUGUAUGGCACCUAAGGAGUGUGGCCAUCCAUGUUUACGUACAUGCUCAUCAAAAUGCACCAAAGACAAUGUCCAUGUCCAUGCUAAUCAAUGUAUGGUCAAAUGUCAAAAAGUGAGGAAAAACUGUCCUCAUUUGUGUAAAUUGAAAUGUCAUUUUGAUAAAGUUGGCAAGAGUAGCAAUUGUGAUGCUGUUAAAUGUAACGAACCAGUCAUUGUUCAAUGUGAAUGUGGCAAUUUACAAAAGAAUGUGCCUUGUGGAGCAUCGAUAAAUGACCCUACUGCAAUUGGUGCCAUACUUGAAUGUAAUGAAUCAUGUGCUGCUGCCAAGAGAGAUGCCAAGCUUCGUGAAGCAUUCGCCGUGAAUGUACCUGAAGAUGAAAAAAUCAUUUACAGUGAUUAUGUUUUAAACACAUUUACCAAACAAGCCAAAUGGUGUACUCGAAUUGAAAAUGUCAUUCGUACAUUCCUUGAAGAUUAUAACUACCAAAUCAGUCAAGGCAUUGAAUCGCCCAAGAAAUCAUACCAUUUCCCUCCAAUGACAUCGCCACAACGACAAUUCAUCCAUGAGUUGGCCCAAUCUUUUAAACUUUACACCGAGUCACAGGACCAAGAACCGAAAAGGUCAGUUUUCAUCGUCAUUACUCGAUUAACAUUUGUCCCCGCAUCAACGAUUCAAGAUUGUUUGCAUAUAGUGGAAAUGAAACAAAGACAACAAUUGCAAGUUGAAUCAAUGACACAAGAACAAUUAGAUGAUGCAUUGUACAAUGCCAUCGUAAUUCAAGAUACCUUUUUCGGCAUCACCAAGGAAGAUUUACAAAAUGCAUUGCGCAAGUAUCAUCAAAUUGAUGAUGAUGUGGGGUUCACCAUAUCGUGGUUAAAAGAAUCUACAUUCAUCUUGUAUGAUCCGACCUGGUUUCAAAGAAUGGAUCAAGAGUUUGAAUCGAUGUUGAAGGAGUUGUGUGAUAUGUUUCGAAAGACAUUGAGGCAAAAUUCGUUGGCCUUUGAUUGUAAAUUGUGUUUAAUUGACCCUAGUGUCAAUUUUGUGAUGAAAAUAGAUCGCAAAAGACGAGAUGAUGAUGUGUCAAAUCAGGAUGGUAUAGGAAAGAAAAACGAAAGUCAAAAUAGUUUUGAUAUUUUACAACUGGAUGAAGAAUUGGCAAUUCAAGGCUGA